GGGGGCAGAGCUGAAAAAGAUGGGAAAUUCCAAUGAUUCUUCGUUCAUUAUCAUGUCGAUUCCUCACAAUCACUCUUUGUGAUGCUGCGGAACCAUGGCAAUUAGGAUCUCAAGACGCAGCAACACCUAUGAUGCAAGGAAUCAUUGACUUACAUCACGAUAUCUUUUUCUUCCUCAUUCUUAUUUUGGUUUUCGUAUCACGGAUGUUGGUUCAUGCUUUGAUUGUUUAUGGAACUACUAUCGAAAUUAUUCAGACCAUAUUUCCAUGUGUCAUUCUUUUGUUCAUUGCUAUACCAUCGUUUGCUCUGUUAUACUCAAUGGACGAGGUAUUAGUAGAUCCAUCCAUUACUAUCAAAGCUAUUGGACAUCAAUGGUAUCGGACUUAUGAGUAUUCAGACUAUAACAGUUCCGAUGAACAGUCACUCACUUUUGACAGUUAUACGAUUCCAGAAGAUGAUCCAGAAUUGGGUCAAUCACGUUUAUUAGAAGUUGACAAUAGAGUGGUUGUACCAGCCAAAACUCAUCUACGUAUGAUUGUAACACCCGCUGAUGUACCUCAUAGUUGGGUUGUACCUUCCUCAGGUGUCAAAUUUGAUGUUGUACCUGGUCGUUCAAAUCUUACCUCCAUCUUGGUACAACGAGAAGGAGUUUACUAUGGUUAGUGCAGUGAGAUUCGUGGAACUAAUCAUGGCUUUACGCCUAUCGUCGUAGAAGCAGUGACUUUGAAAGAUUAUGCGGAUUGGGUAUCCAAUCAAUUAAUCCUCCAAACCAACUAAACCGGGGAAGCUGAAGCGGAAAUGCAAUUCUCGGGUGAGGGAAGGGGGAA